GGCAAACAAAGCGCGUAAAAUCCAUCGAUGUCUGAAUUGAAAGAGAGUUGAUAAACAUGUAUUCUCUCAAGAUUCAUCGAUUGAAUCUUCGGAUAAAACCCCGCUAUAGACAGCAAGGAAUGUUAGAGGAUGAAUCACCUUGUACAUGACUAAUUGAAAAUUAACAAAAUGGGAGAUUAAUUCAAGGCUCACCAAUCAAUAAACUCCAAAAUGGGUGUCUCCAUUUAUUGUGAUCUCCUCCAUUCUUGUCCAAAAUUUUCCCGGAAAAUAACCCGAGAAAGUAUGAAUUUUUCAGAUUAUGAGUAUUUUGCAUUACCAUUGGCGCUUGCACCAGAUGAGGCAUCUCCAGAUUGGAACAACAAGGCAGACAAUGGAUGGCAACUCACAGCAGCAACCAUGGUGGGUUUACAGAGUGUUCCUGGCCUUGUGAUCCUCUAUGGGAGCAUGGUGAAGAAAAAAUGGGCUGUGAAUUCUGCUUUCAUGGCCCUUUAUGCUUUUGCUGCGGUGCUGAUCUGUUGGGUCUUGUGGGCUCAUCACAUGUCAUUUGGGACUAGAAUCAGCCCAAUCAUGGGGAAGCCUAAUUUUGCACUUUCACCCAAUUAUCUUCUACUAAAAACCAAGAUUGGGUUUAUGCCAAUGGCAGAUUUUGUGUUUUUUCAAUUUGCUUUUGCUGCUCUUUCUGUGAUAUUGCUUGGUGGGUCAUUGCUAGGGAGGAUGAAUUUCUAUGCUUGGAUGUUGUUUGUGCCUCUUUGGCUCACAUUUAGUUACACCAUUGGAGCUUUCACUAUUUGGGGGGAUGGGUUUCUUGAGAAGGGCAUUAUUGAUUAUGCUGGAGGAUAUGUGAUUCAUCUUUCAUCUGGGGUUGCUGGUUUCACUGCUGCGUAUUGGGUAGGACCAAGGCAUUCACAUGACAGGCAACAUUUCCCACCAAACAACAUCAUUCACAUGUUGGGAGGUGCAGGAUUUCUAUGGCUGGGAUGGACAGGUUUCAAUGGUGGUUCUCCAUUUGCUGCUGGUCUGAUUGCACCUAUAGCUAUUCUCAACACCCAUGUAUGCACAGCCACCAGCCUCAUGAUCUGGGUUUCCUUUGACAUGAUUGUGUACAAGAAAAGCUCUGUAAUUGGGGCAGUCCAGGGGAUGAUCACUGGUCUUGUCUGCAUCACUCCUGGAGCAGGAGUUGUGGACUCAUGGGCUGCAAUUCUGAUGGGAAUGUCAUCUGGUUCACUUACAUGGUACUCAAUGAUGGUAGUGCACAGGAGAGCAGCACUUUUUCAAAGUGUGGAUGACACAUUAGGGGUCUUCCACACUCAUGCUGUGGCUGGUGUUUUAGGGGGUAUCCUUUCUGGUCUCUUGGCUAAUCCAAGACUAGUAAAGCUCAUGUACCCAGCAUCCACAUAUGGCACAGGCUUGUUUUACAGCUUCAAAGAUGGAAAACUUGAUGAUGGUCUAAAACAAAUGGGUUAUCAGCUGCUGGGAAUAGCCUUUGUUACUGCAUGGAAUGUUGUCAUGACAAGCUUUAUAUGCAUCUUCAUAAGCCGAUUUGUGAAUCUUAGGAUGGAUGAAGAAGACUUGUUGAAAGGUGAUGAUGCCGUGCACGGAGAAGAAGCUUAUGCACUUUGGGGAGAUGGGGAGAGGAUACUGAAACCGAAACGACUUCAUCGCCCCAGAAUCCAUAAACUGCUCAGAUGAAGCUUUUGAUAUCAAUCUCAACAACAGUUUUUAAGUUUUAUUGGGCAAAAAGAAUAAGUAACAAUGCCCUAUGAUUCUAUCUUCAUUUGGAAGGUGGUAACACUCUUGUUACCGCAGCUUUUGUAAAAUUUUCACUGGUAAAAGAAAAGGAUUGGCUGGGUUCUUUC